AUGGAAAUUUCCAACCUUGUCGUUUACUGUGACUCCCAACUCAUAGUUAACCAAGUACUGGGGGACUAUGAGGCUCGGGAUCCACGGAUGUCAAAAUACCAGGCAACCGUAGCCGAACUAAUCACCCACUUCCCCAAUUUCAAAAUCGAACAGAUCAACCGCGAACACAACGCGCAUGCCCAAGCACUCGCUGGCCAUGCCUCAGCUUCUAAAGCCUCCGAAUUCCGAACAAUCCACUUCGGCAACAUCGACCACCCAAGCUUUGAUGCCACUCCAAAGGUUCUCAACGUUGAACUGGGCCCAAGCUGGAUGGACGAGAUCAUUGCGUUUCUCAAACAUGAUACUCUACCAGCAGACAAGAAGGAAGCUUAUCGCAUCAGGAACAAAGCCGCUUACUACUGGCUCUCUGAAAGCGGCCAACUCUACAGGAAAUCUAUCUCCGGUCCAUAUCUCCUCGUGGUCCACCCAACCCAAGUUCAAGAGAUCCUCACCGAACUUCACUCAGGGAGUUGUGGCUGCCACUCUGGCGGCCGAUCACUUUGCCAACGAGCAUUGAGUCAGGGAUACUUUUGCAAGAACAUGAAGAAAGACUGUGAAGACACAGUUUGCAAAUGUCUACCAUGCCAACUUUUUUCUCCCAUACCAAAGCAACCCGCCCAGAACCUGUCCCCUAUUACCAGUCCUUGGCCCUUUGCACAAUUGGGGCUCGAUAUUGUCGGAAAACUGCCAACAGCUCCAGGAGGAUUCAAAUUUGGAGUCCCGUACGUUAUCGUAUCAGACAACGGAAGCCAAUUCGUCGGUAAAGAUCUCACCAGCCUUUGUGCGGAAUUUGGGAUAUGCUUCUUCAACUCUACACUAGUAUACCCCCAAGGAAAUGGACAAGCCGAGGCAACAAACAAGACCGUCUGCGCCAGGAUCAAGCGUCGAUUAAACUCUAAGAGAGGAAAAUGGGCUGAGGAACUACCACGUGUCCUUUGGGCUUACCGUUCUACACCUCGGCGCUUAACAUGCCAAACGCCCUUCUCAAUGGCAUUCGGCAUGGAAGCGGUAAUCCCACUAGAAUCCAAGUUCCCCACUCUGAGAACAGAGAAUUUCGAUCCAAAGACUAAUGAAGAGGCCGUAGAACAGGAGCUGAUCUUGGCAGACGGAAAGCGUGACGACGCUUAG